GCCGCCGCCCCGGCCAAGCCCGCCUCCACGGUCAAGAAGAUCGUCGGCCCCAAGCCCGACGGCAAGUGGCACCACGCGCCCGUCCUCUUCUGGCACGUCAAGAGCGUCAUCUUCCGCGGCGUCGACCAGGACGUCGUCUCGAUGCAGGGCCAGCGCGGCAUGCUCUCGGGCGACCUCGAGGAGAUGCACGCUCGCGCGCAGCACUUUGACAACCGCGCCGAGUACAUGUACAGCUUCCUGCAGGUCAUGACGGCCAGCGUCGCGUCCUUCACCCACGGCGCCAACGACAUCUCCAACGCCAUCGGGCCCUACGCGACCAUCUUCCAGAUCUGGCACGACAUGGCGCUGCCCAAGAAGGACAAGGCCGACGUCCCGCUCUGGAUCCUCGGCGCCGGCGGUGCGUUCCUCGUCAUCGGCCUGUGGACGUACGGGUACAACAUCAUGCGCAACCUGGGCAACAAGAUCACGCUGCACUCGCCGUCUCGCGGCUUCUCGAUGGAGCUUGGAAGUGCUAUUACUGUCAUGAUUGCUACGCGUCUUAAGCUUCCGGUCUCCACAACUCAGUGCAUCACCGGCGGUGUCGUCGGUGUCGGUCUGUGCUCGGGCACCUGGCGCACCAUUAACUGGCGUAUGGUCGCCUGGAUCUACAUGGGCUGGAUCUUCACCCUGCCUGUCACCGGUAUCAUCUCCGGUUGCCUCAUGGGCUUUGUCAUCAACGCUCCUCGCUGGGGCAUGAACGUCUAA